UCCCGCCGUGCGGCGUUCGUGCGGAUUUAUCGCGUGCUCACUAUUAAUAGGCUGGCUUCCAUAAGCUCACACAUUCAAAAAUUAUCCUUCUUCUCUUUUCAAUUUCCCAAAAUUUGACAAUUUCACAAUUAAAACCUGAAAUUCACUGAAAAGGAAACAAUUCAGAUAUGUGUGGAGGUGCGAUAAUUCCGGAGACCGUAAAGCCGAGCCCAUCGUCGCGUCGAUUGAUCGCCGACUUGCUCUGGGGCAGUGGAGUUGCAGAUUUGAACAACAAGAAAAACUACCACUCGAACCCGUUGAUAUAUAAGUCUGUCGUUGAUGUUGACGAUGAUUUCGAGGCUGAAUUUGAGGGGUUUAAACACUACUCCGUUGAUGAAGUGGAGAACGAUGGCAAGUCCUUGUGUUUCUCUGCUUCCAAACGGUCCGCCCUCCGCGGUUCUAAAGCUGUCAAAUCUGCUGUGUCUGAUGUGGAUUCUGAAAAGCUCUUAAAGAGAAAAAGGACCGAUCAGUACAAAGGGAUCCGCCAACGCGCAUGGGGUAAAUGGGCUGCUGAGAUCCGUGAUCCAACGAAAGGUGCUCGGGUUUGGCUUGGAACUUUUAACACUGCUGAGGAAGCUGCAAGAGCUUAUGACACGGAAGCUCGGAGGAUCAGAGGUAACAAAGCUAAGGUGAAUUUUCCUGAAAAAGUUGCUGCCUCUGCCACAAGACAUAUGUUUAAGGUGAACUCUCGUAAAGUGCUUCCAAAGGAAAACCAAGAAUCAGUUCAGCCAAGUUCAACUUUCCAAGACAUGUUGCAUAAUGACCUUCACAAUUCUGUGUGUUUAUUUGAAGAGAAACCACCAAUGAAGCAAUCUGGCUAUGCUGAUGUAUACCCUAACACUGGUGAUGUUGCUAAUGUUUACUUCAGCUCUGAUCAAGGAAGCAACUCUUUUGACUCUUCAGAGUUUGGCUGGGGAGAAAAUUCUAUGCGGAAUACCCCAGAAAUAUCAUCUGUUCUCUCUUCUGUUUUUGAAGACGACAAAGCUCAAUUCAUGGAGGAUUUUAACCCUACAAAGAAACUGAAGUUAAGUUCUGAAGAUACAGUGGCUGCUGAUGAUAACACUGUGAACAAGCUUUCUGAAAAGUUCUUGGCGUUUGAGUCGCAGAUUAAGUUCUUCCAGAUGCCAUAUCUUGACGGUAAUUGGGAUGCUGCCUCAGUUGAUGCCUUCCUCAAUGGAGAUUCAACUCAAGAUGAUGGGAAUGAAUUGGAUGUUUGGUCCUUCGAUGAUUUUAGUGCUAUGUUUGGUGGGAUUUAAAAAGCUCGGCUUCCCACUUCUUAUGGCUUUCGUAAAUAAGGCUACACUUUAGUAUGGUUUGCUUACUGUACUAGCUUUUACCGAGUUACCUUGUUAAAUAUAAGUUCACAUUCGACCUUGUUAACACUCUCUACUGGGAAAUAUGUAUUAGAUCUACCUUUGCACAUGGUGCAUGAUGUAAACGUUGAUUUCCUUUAACGUCGAUUUCCUUUCUUGAAAUCUAUAUUUAGCUUCUUGUUUUUUCA